AACGCUUUAACUUUCUAUUUCCUUUAUCUCAAUCUACAGACGUGGAAAAUCUCCGAGGGGAAAACUUGAUAUUAAACUGUUUUCCUGAACGUGUUAAAUAUCCGGACCUGAAAUCUGAAUCUGAGCCACAAACUGAUCAGUUUGUAGUGAAACAUUGAACUAUUUCAUUCUGAAACAAGGAAAUGAAGACCAAGGUGAAAAUAACGUUGGUAACUAUAGGACUGUGUGCCCUUUUUUACCACGUUUUUACAAAAGAAAGAGGAUCGUCAUCUGAACAUGAGCUGAGGAAGGCAAACACAGCCUCCAAAGCAGCAUUUCAUGGAAAAGGACUUAUAAGGACUACCGGUCAAGACAAUAAAAGAGAUUUAAUGUCCAGCAAGGAGGAUAAAACAGCAGUGAUUGGGACAAAUAUCACUUUGCAUUGUGGCAUAGCGUCUACUUUACAACACAAUGACAUUUUGGAGUGGAGUAAAGGCAAUGACGAGAUCUUAACCGUAAAAAAUGGAAACGUCGAGAAGGAAAAAGAUUACAAACUCAGAUUCCACCUAGCAGAUUCUGCCAGCGGACUCAGCACAUCGCUCAACAUUUCACAUGUAGAGCACAAAGAUAGUGGAAGUUACAGCUGCUGUAUUAAAAAUACUAAACAACGUUGCAUCUACCAGAAUGUUGUCGUGAAGAAUGAAUCAUUUACAAAGCCAGAUAAAGAAGAACAAAGAAAUGCAUCAACUUCCUCCACAUCCCCACCUCAGAAUGAAACCAUGAAUGGCAAAUGGAUUACUGUGACCUGUCCAGGUGACCCCGCCUCUCACCUGAUAUGUCCGGUGGAGAUGGACACCAGGACCUUCUGA